AUGUCAGUCCCAACUGAUAAUCAGAACAAGGAAGCAAAUGCUGCUCUAGAAAGCGCUUCUUCGUCGUUUAUUACACCUGUGGAUAGAGAUGGAAAUUCGGAAGACCAAUUAGGACAAGAACCAGAAGCAUUCACUGGAGAUUUAGAGAAUGGUAAAGAUGAAGGUAUUCCACGCGGAGGAGAUGAAUUGAGUCGUUAUGAAUCUAAUUCUGAAGCAUCAAGAACAUUGAGUCAUCGCUUGACAGGUGCGGGAAGUUUGAUAAGUAGAGCCAACGAUACUGAUGAGCCUUUGCCGCCUAUGGGUGGGGGUAAAGAUUAUCCUCCACCGUUAGGUUCUAGAGAUCCAUAUGUGGUUUCGUUUAAUGGACCAGAUGAUCCUAUUCACCCGCAUAAUUGGCCGCAAAUCAAAAAAAUAUUUACCUGUAUGGUCGUCGGGCUUACUGCUCUUUCGGUCUCCCUCGGUUCAGCUAUGUUUGCCGAAGCUAAUCAAGACCUUAAGACAAUUUAUCACAUUGGAACUUCGGUCGCUGCAUUAGGGGUCUCAUUGUUCGUGUUGGGUUUUGCUGCCGGUCCUAUCAUAUGGGGUCCUUUGUCUGAACUUUACGGUAGAAAAAUCGUCAUGGUGCCUUCUUGUCUCGGUUACGUCUGCUUUUCAUUUGCAGUUGCAACUGGAAAGGAUAUCCAAACUAUCAUGAUUUGUAGAUUUUUUGCUGGUUUCAUUGGUGCUGCUCCUUUGGUCGUUGUUCCAGCUUCAAUCGCUGAUAUGUAUGGUGCUGCACAAAGAGGUCAAGCUAUGGCUCUUUUUGCUAUGGUUUUAUUUGGUGGUCCAAUGAUGGCACCAAUUUUCGGUGGCUUUACUGUUAAGAAUGAUGCAUUAGGCUGGAGAUGGACCUCGUACUUCAGUGGUUUGGUCGGGGCCCUUGCAUUGAUUGGAGUUGUCUUCUUCUAUGAAGAAACACACCAUCCACUAAUUUUGGUCAAGAAGGCUGAAACUUUAAGAAGAAGAACGGGUAACUGGGGUAUUCAAGCUCCUCAUGAUGAAGUUUCAUUGUCUUUGAAAGAAAUUUGUGAAAACAACGUCACCAGACCAAUAGUUAUGUUGUUCAGAGAGCCUAUCUUAUUAUUAAUCAGUAUUUACAAUGCAUUCAUUUACGGUUUGUUGUAUUUGUUUUUAACAGCUGUUCCAUUAAUCUUCAUCGGUCAAUAUCAUUUUGUCCAAGGUGUUGGUGAAUUACCUUAUCUUUCUAUGUUGAUUGGUAUCAUCAUAGGUGGAUUGGUGUGUAUAUACUUCGAUAGAAGAUAUACAAGAAUAAUGGAAGCUAAUGGUGGUAAACCAGUUCCUGAAGAAAGAUUGCCAGCUAUGAUGAUAGGUUCCUUCUUCUUCUCUGCUGGUUUGUUCUGGUUAGGCUGGGCCGGUGAUUAUGCCGAUAAGGUCCACUGGAUCGUUCCAACAAUCGGUGCUGCCCCAAUCGGUUUUGGUUUGAUUGUUAUUUUCUUACCUUCCAUCAACUACAUCAUUGACUGUUACUUAUUCCUCGCAGCUUCUGCAUUAGCUGCAAAUACCUUCUUGAGAUCUGCUUUUGCUGCUGCUUUCCCACUUUUUGCCCAGCAAAUGUUCGUCAACAUGGAAAUCAAAUGGGCCAGUACCUUGUUAGGCUGUUUCGCUGCUGUGUUGAUUCCAGUUCCAUUUUUGUUCUAUAGAUAUGGUGCCCGUAUUAGAGCAAAGUCAAAGUACGCAUUUGUCUUAUAA